GAGCCAAUUAAUGAGUUGUGGUGGGAUUUACAUUUAGUGAGGUCGGGUGAUCGAAUCCCAUGGCUAAAUUUUUUUAGCUUUAGAGUAAAAUUUAGUAAUUCUGAUGCUUCUGUAACUCUUCCUCUGUUUCAUUACAUGGCGAGGUGGAAUUUCUUGUGCAAAAGAAAUAGAAAUUUUGAAAUUUGAAAGCUGUUCCUGUAAUUCUUAUUUUGUCUCAUAAUCGUAAGCCAGGGUUUGAACAACUGAUCUUUUACAGAAAAGUUUCUGUCUAAAACAGUUCAACCAAACCCUAGAUGGCGAGGUGGAUUUUCUUGUGCAAAAUAAUAAGAAAAAUUGAAUUUUGAAAGCCGUUUCUGUAAUUCUUACUUUGUCUUGUAAACGUAAGCCAGGUUUUGAACAACUGAUCUCUUACAGCAAAGAAUUAGAAAAUAUUUAGUGAGGAAAUAUUUAAUUUCAGAGUAGAAUUAGAAAUUCUGAUGCCUCUGUAACUCACACUCUGUAUCGGUACAUCGCGAGGUGGAUUUUCUGGUGCAAAAGAAUUAGCAUAUUUGAAUUUUGAAAGCUUAUUUUGUACCUCUUACUUUGUCUCAUAAUCGUAAGCCAGGUUUUGAACAACUGAUCUCUUACAGAAAGUUGUUUAGUGUAAACCAGUCGGACCAAACCCUAGAUGGCGAGGUGGAUUCAAAUGGUGGAAAUUGGACGGAUGAGCUCCUCUUACUCAUCCAGCGUCGCGGCUUUUCUAGCAGUGGUCGUAUGCGUCUUCGCUGCGGCAACUGUGGCGGCGGCGCUCUGCGUUAAGGAGUUUAAAAGCCGCUACAAGAGCCGCCGCCGCGGGGGUUGCUUGGAGCCGCCGCCUGGUUGUUUGGGGAAUUGGAAGCUGCCGGUGGAAUCAAGAGGCAGAGCUCUCAUCAACACUCUGAGCAACAAAAGCCUCCUUUUCAGUAAGAAAUGGCGGAGGAGCGAUAAAGAUGAAGCGGAGGGAUAUGAAAGCGCCGCCACUGAAGACGGCGAUUUUCUGUGGCAGAAGAACAUUUUGAUGGGAGUGCGCUGUCAGCCUUUGAAUUUCUCAGGGCUUAUCAUAUAUGAUCAUAAGGGAGAGCGUUUGCCCCAAUUGCCCCCGCGGUCCCCUGAAUUUAACGUCUUCGUUCCCUCUCCACAGGCGGACAAGGGGGGAAAUUGAGUUUAUGUUUCGAGUGUUCUUGAUUUUGGAAGCGUGAAAUACUCCAGAGUGGAGGCGAUCAUUCAACAUGGUUAGAAAUUAUAUCUGCUUUAUUAGAUUGGAGAAACUGAGACGAAAAAGGGAAUCACAUCGCAAAGAAUUAAUUUCAGAUGAAAAACAGAGGGCAAAUUUCUAAUUUCUAGUCUGUAAGCUUGAAAAUUUGUAUAUAACUAACCUUGGUUUCUUUAAGAUUAUUGCUGAAAACACAAUAUAUUUCUCCAAAAUUAAAAUUUUAA